UUAAAAUUGUUGUUAAUUUCCUUGAGAAAUUUAUAAGUAGAAUAAUCAAUCAAUCAAUUAAUCAAUCUUUCAUUAAAUUAGUAUAAAGUAAGAAUGGAAACGCAUGAUUAAGACAAUUUAUAUAACACCCAAAGACUCUUUUAAUCAUUUUAGAAAUAAAACUUAGAUUAGGAAUAUAAAGAUUUGAAUUUGUUAUAGGAUGUGUCUUGCUGGAGUGAAACGCAAAAUUCUAAAAUAUCAUGUAUUUAAUCUUAGACUGAAAAUAUUCGAACCGUCAAUAGCGCAGAAUCAAGGGUCUAAGGUUUAUAAAAUAACAAAAAAGAAGAUGAAAAAAUUGAAACAUCAAUAAAAAAUCAAUAAACUUAAGAUGAACAAAUUAUUGUUCAAAUAUAGUAGAUAUCUAAUCGUAAUAUUAAAAGCAAAACAUUUAGUGGUGCUCAAGAUCGUUAGAAGGAAAGUGACAAAAAUAAAUUGAGUUCUUUAUCUUAUGGAUAAUAUAAAACAAUCGCUAUGCAGAAGGGUAUGAAUUCAAAUUUCAAAAAUAAAAACAUUACUGAUAGUAUUUCAUUUAUGAUGAAACUAAAACAAAAAAUAACUUACUAUUAAAGAGUUUUAACCUUAUCUGGUAGAAGUAAAUAUAUCACUGAAGCAAUUAGGUAAUAUAUAAAUGAUAAAAGUGAUAGUUCUCAUAAUAAAGCCUAAAACUGGCUAUUUAAGUACGAUAUUACUUAAAAUAGAAUUUGCAUCGACUUAAUCCCAAUCAUCAUAGUAUACAACUAGAGUAGUAAGAUGGUUUAAAUACUGAUAUUCAUAAAAGCGAUAAAUGUAUUAUCAGAUAUAGCUUAAUUCUAGAAGUAUCUUUGCAUGGUUGUUCGAAAGUACUACUUUGUAAUUUUGGUGAAUUUAGUAUUUAAAAUAUUUAUAUUUGCCCAUAUUAUUUCAUGCAUGUGGUAUAUUAUUGCAUUGAUAGAAAUUAACUACAUGAAUAUCAAAAGCUGGAUUGAAGAUAAUGUUGAUAUGGAAGAAGAUUGGUGGAAAUUAUACAUCUAAUCUUUGUAUUGGGCACUAACUUUAAUGACAACAGGUUCUAAUAUAGCAACAACUACUUUAUAGCUUUUUUUUACAGCAUUUAUUAUGAUAUUUACCACUAUUGCAUUUGGUUAUUUACUAAACAUAGUUGGUUUUGUCCUAGAAACUAUAGAUAAGCAGGAUGAACAAAAGAGAAGUGAUAUAAAUAUCAUAAACGAGUACAUGAGACAAAAAAAAAUUUCAUAAAACUUAUAAUCAAAGAUAAAUAUUAGUUUAGAAUACUACUACAGUUAGAAUACUAGUAAGCUCCAUUAAUAAAGUGAAGAGAUAUUAGAUAAAUUGUCUUUAGACUUGAAGGUAUCACUUGCUAAAGAAUUUAUUAAAAGGAUUCUCAAUAAAAUAGAAAUACUUAAUAAAAAUUUUAGCAAUUCUGCUUUGGAUUUAUUAUGCUUUUCUUCUUUAGAGGAAUUUUAUUUACCAAAUCAAAUCAUAUUCAGCGAGAGUCAUAAUACAGAGCCUUCAUUAAUAUAUGUUAUUUCUGGAUAAGUUGAGGUAGUUUACUUUGAUUAAAUGGAACAAGGUGUUCCAGUCUAAUACAUCAAUUCUUAGAUUAAAGAAGGUUAAAUUUGUGGAUAAAUUGAGUUUUUUACAGGAAUUUCUCAGUAAAGGUAUUUUAGAUCCACUGAAUAUUCUUAGAUACUUAGGAUAACUAAUAAAGAUUUAAUUGACAUUGUAAAAAGAGACUAAAAAGAUUUUGAAAGGUUCUGCUAAAUUAGAGAUAAUAUUUUGAUGUAUGAAUAGUAUUCUUCCCUUUAAUUGACAUGUAGUAUAUGUAAUUAUUCCACUCAUUAAGUAGUAAAUUGCCCAAUGAUACAUUUAUAAAAAUAUUUCCUUUUAUCAAAAAUUGGAAUUAGCUAGAAGUAGUAAUAAAAUAGGUAAAGUCAUGACCGAAGGUUAAAAUUUAAAAGAAAAAAAAAGCUAACAGAAAAUAAUGUUAUGCAUGGACAAUUUAUCUAGGAGAACCUUUAAAAGUAGCAAGUUCAUUCUAAUAGCGAUGUUGAAUAUGUAUCUAGCGAAGAAACAGAUGAACAAACAAAUGAAUUAGAAAGUAAAACUAAUACACAAUAAACAGAUGCAGAAGAACAUUUUAAGAUACAAAGAGUUUCUGAUGAUAAUUAAGAAACUGAAAUAAAAACAGAUAAAAGAAAAUCUAUACAUAUUUUAUAGCUUAACAUACCUCAAUAAAAAAUGCAAUCAGGCAAUUAUCGUUAAUCCAUUCUCUAAUAAGUAGAAGAAAUCAGUUCAAAAGGAGAAUUAAUAGACUUAGCAAAUUUAGCAGAUCUUAACUUAAAAAAUAUGGCUAAACGUAAAUAAUCAGUAUUAAAUAAAAAAAUGGAAUUUACUUUUGAAAUCUAACAAUAUGCUGAUACUAAUCAUAAAGUAAGAGCUAGUGAUUGUGAUUUUUCAAGUGUUUUAUCUCCAUAAAAAAAGCAAAGUGCUAUGUUCUAUUAAAAUAAUGCAUCUUAACUAAACAAUUCAUAAGAUUUAGAAGAUAGGUCAUAGCCAAUUAGAAAAAAGGAUCGUAAUAAAACCUUUACAAGAAAUACGAAUAGUCAUCUUACACAGGUAGUCAGAAUGUAGUAAUUUUAAAAUUUAAACAAAUAAUAAGACGAUGAGCUUGAAAAUCCUUGGACCUUUGAGAAGCUCUAAGAUUAUAAAUUUUAUUUUAGUAAAGGAAACUCCAAAAAUUAUUUAUAAAGAUACAAUAAAUUUUAUAAUAAAAAAUUCAAAGAUUUUUUGAAAAAAUCUAUGAAAAAAUGA